AUGUCCACCUCGUCUUGGCGGGCGGAGCAUCUGCUCAUCAAGCACAGCGGCAGCCGCAACCCUGUGUCGCGCCGCACUGGGCAGCCCACCACCAUAUCGUACGAGGAAGCCGUCACAGAGCUGCAGAAGUGGCACCAAUCAAUCGAAGAGGGAAAGAUGACCUUCGAGGAGGCCGCUCGACAGCGCAGCGACUGCAGCAGCUACGCCCGCGGCGGCGACUUGGGCGUCUUCGGCCCUGGGGAGAUGAUGAAGUCCUUUGAGGAUGCCACAAAGUCUCUCGAGGUGGGGCAGGUGAGCGGCAUCGUCGUGACCGACAGCGGCAUACACAUCAUCAAGCGCAUAGCCUGA